UUGUAAUUUUUUUACAAUUUUAUAUAUUUUUAUAUAUUUUUUAUUUUUUUUUACCAUUUAUCUACAUUUUAUACCAUUCCUUGGCAUUUUUUGGCUCAAUGGAUCAAGAAGAAGUUUUCGAAGUAGAUUACGAAUAUUAUGAAUCAGAGGACGAAGCAACGAUUUUACCCACUGCUGAGAGCGAGCCACUCACAUCUGUUGAGCACCAGACUUCUCGUACAUCCAAUAGGAGUGUCACAGCGAAAUUGACCGUGUUUGAUAGUUCAAAGAAUGUACGUUUCGGUUCCGCUAAGGGUACCUUAGACAGCUUACGCUCUGUCACCAAUGCUGAAACGAUUGAUGGCGAAGACUACGAUUUUGGUGAAUCGAACGAAGAUGAUACAGUGGCACAGUUCGAGACUAGUAUGAGAAUGAGUUUUUUCGACAAAAUUGCCAAUUUGCCAACGAUAGAGGAAAUAUCAUCUGCGUCUGAAGAGACAAUUAUUGAAACAGCCCAGGAGGAGAAAACGGUUGAUAUGUCCUUAACGGGUAAAUUUGUGGACCCAUUAACCGGCCUGGAUAUAGUGGAAUCAGAGCAUUCCGAAAUAAUAGACUACGAAUGUGAUUUUGAGGAAAUGGACGAGAUUUGCGAAGAGGAAGCAGAUGUUGACGAGUUGCAAAUCACUGAGGACAGCGAGUUGCUGGAACUUCAAGUACUGGAAGCCAUGGAAGAGGUUGAAGAGGUAAAACCAAGACAACACGAAGAUGAGUUUUUCGAUUCUGAACAUGUACAGAAAAUUAUGCUGGAACUAGAUUUACAAGACUUCAAGCAGGCACUAGCCGAAGAUACACAGCGGCAAAAUGUAGCGGUCGUGGUGGGUUUCAUCGACGAUCUAUUGCAAUUGGUUAGCGAUGCAGCGCAGUACAAGGACCCCAACGAAAUAUUACGUAAAACCAUAGACAAGAGGAAAUUAAUGGAUGAAAUCAGCGUUAAAAUACGGGCACUAGAGGUAGAGCAGUCCGUGCGACAUUAUCUUAAUCGCAAGGUGGUCGACCAUCAUAAACGAAAACAAAUGUAUCGUGCUAUAAUCGACGAUUCGGCUGAAGACUUGGAAUUCCUCAUGGCAAAAUAUCAAGACCAGCUGCAGAGUUACAAUUACAUAUUGGGAAAGCAGGAUGAAGUGGAUACGGUGACCAAAUUGAAAAUAGACACUUUAACUGCCAGGAGAGGGGAAAAUGAGCGAUUAGCCCAUAAAAUGGUGAGGCAAUUUGAAGAAAUGGUGAAGCAUGCGCUCAUACCCAAAAUAGACAAAUUGGAAGAGGGUGAGAAUGCCUCAAAGAGACCAGAAAAAGGCAGAUACGAUGAACGGUUGAGAAUCAUAACUAUAUAUCUGAAGAAAAUGGCAAACGUACGCAAAGAAUUAUCAGAAGCCAGGCUUGAAUUCAUUAAGAAACAACAUGCUUAUGCUGAUCUCAAGGAGCGUUUAAAUAAAAUUCAAGAUAUUGGCAAUGGCCUAAAACUCUACCAAUAUGAGAAUCUGCAAAAUGAAGUCAUGCAAUUGGGCAAGAAAGUGGAUGAGCGCGACACCGAGCUGGCUAAAGCUCGAAACAUCCAACAACUCGAUACACAUAUUAACACGCAUUUGAGGGAGCGCACGCUGAUGUUGCGUAAUCAACUCGCCGUACAAAAGAUGACUUACAAAACCUUAUUAAAGGAAUCUCAAGAUACACGUCGGCAUUUGUACAAACAGAAGCAGGUCCGUUCGCACAUUCGUAAGGAAAUGAGAGAGCAUGCCUUUCAAGGUGGUAUCCUCUCGAAACCCACACUAAUGCUGGAUUAUGAUCAGACUGAGGAUCAGAUAUUGCAAAAGCGGGAAAUCGUUGAAGGUUUACGUAGCCAAUAUUCAAAACUAGUUGAAAAAAUUGCCUAUUAUGAGGAAAUGUUAAACUCUAGAUCCAUAGAGAGUCAAAAUAAAAAAUUAAAAGUGAAAAAGUGAAGCAAA